GGAAUCCAAACGGAGUCUUUGCAAGUAGUCCACCACACGUCGACAGGGACGUACAUCCAGCGUGAUCUUCUCACACCCGUUCUUGCCUUCCACUCACACUAUGCAUCUGCCAAAGUUUGAACAGAUCAGUGCACUCAAGCAUCAUUGCGGCGUCUGCCAAACGCCCUUCAGUAAUCCCAGCUCCCUUUCGACUUGUAUUGGCAAGCAUGAGGUUAUAUGUGCGAACUACCAUUUCAUGUUCCAUUUCAUCGGCAAGGCUCAUACGUGUAGAGCAUGUGUUCACGCAAAGGAACAACAGGAGAAGCGUCACCGAACUAUACUCCUUCUGAUGCAGAUCUAUCAAAAGGAGAACGAAGAGGCCGAAUCUGAAAUCGUCACAGGGUCUGCUGCUGCUGCCUCGGGGCAUCAAUACGAAGGUAUGAAGAAGAAGGAAAGAAAAGCCCUCAAGAAGGCUGCUAGGACUUCAGUUAGGCUGGAUAUCAUCACCCAGGCUGACAUAUCCCGCUUGCAUGCCAUCAUUUAUCCGCCCGACAGCAACACGGAAGACGCCAACAAGGCACUUGCACGUGCUCUUUCGGUGAAGAGUUCAACGACCAUCUUGUCGGAAAAAAGCAUGCUCGAUGCGCUUGUGGCGCCUCCGAAGAAGAAGCCCGACCUAGAACUUGAGGCCCGCCGCGUGAUUGCAAGCUACAAGAUGGCGGAACCUCGAAGCAAGCAAGCAAAGUUGGCGCUGGAGAAGAUCAAGUGCGCCAUCAUGGACGACGUUGAGAUCCAGUGGAAGACGGACCUGGAGAUGAAAAAGCGGCGCAUCAUCUACGCGCAGUGGGUUACGCAAGGGGCGGUCGAGAAGAUGGCGCUGCACCAUGAGAACUGGGAUAUCAACACGAGAGAGAGGCUAAGUCGACGAGACGAGGGGGAUCGAUGGGAUGUGGACACGCUGGGCGAGGUGAUCGAAGUCGAGGGCAACACAGACGGCGAGGACGGUUUAGACAACGAUGCCUUGAAGGACACAGAUUUCACCGAAAGAUGCCCGUUCGCGGCUGUGGACGACGCAAACACUUCAGAAAGGCGCUCUUCCACGGCAGAAUCUGGACAGGAGUCUCCCCGGAAUGACAGGCGUCGCGGAGGCCAUGUGUUGCAUGCAGCACCUCGCUUGCCCUCACACCUGGCCGAACGUGUUCGCGCCGAGGAAUUAGAGAAGAACCGCGUCACGGCACCAGCUUCCCAGACACCCCUCGUUCUACGCAUUGUCGAUAGAGCGGGGUGUGGCACCGACUCGGCCUGGAUUUCAGACGCCAACAACGCUCACGACGUCGCCGUCAGUACGCAACGGGCCAUUUCCAGGAUCGGCAGGAGAGCUUCGGAUCAAGUCACCGAUCUGAACUCAACAAGGGCCGGAAAAUCGCCGUCAGGUAUGCGGAUCAACUCGUUGCCCUUUGCCUCAAUCUCUCGAUCGACAGCAGGCGACGAUGCGCUACGUGACAAGGCUAAAGAUCGUUCUAUUCCGAAGAUGGUGCCGGUACAUGAAACGCUAAGGAGGGAGAGACUGGCUGAUAGUGUUGACCACGACGACGACCACGACGACAGCGAAUGGGUCCCUGUGGUUGCAAAGGCCAGCGCUAGACGCACGAGAGCUAUGAAAAACAUGUAAACGCAAAGUGCUCAUAAGCACGCGGAUGCUUGGACAUCAGGUAUUGUAGUUUGCGCAUAGAUACAUUGGAACUCUCGUAGCGGAAGAAGCCAACGGGGUCCUAUCAAGGCUACGCAGAUCAAUAGUUUGGCAGUAAAGGUAGUGUGUAAUCAUCGUGUAGAAUGGAGAAUAAUGCUUGUGGGCACGCCG